UGCAUUGUUUGUUGUUGUUGUUGUGAAUCCGGACGAGAAACCUCUUAUCAAUUAUCGACAAGGGCUAUCAAUUGAUUGAUCUUGAACAGUGGCCGAGCUCGAGCCCCAUCCAUCGCCUUCAUUUAGGGCCUGCGACGCGCGCGCCUUCACGAACAGGGUCUGGAAGCCCGAAGGAAUCACUAACUAAUCAGGGGCGGCGCGUCCUCUGUCCGAGCGAGCCAUUGAAGAAAACCGUUCUCGUCUGACUGACUUCCUUUUUCUCUCUUCUGUAUUUUCCCCCCUCCUCCCGUCACUCGAUCGGCCACCUCCGCAUCUGACAGCUGGAAUCGGCGAGAUGGACAACUCCGCCUUCGCCUCCCCGAUGGCCAUCCCUCUCCGUCUCGAGCCGCUCGUCAACGCCGUCACCAAUGCUGGGCCGUGGACCAUCGCGCUCACCAUUCUGGCGGUCCUCGUGGCCUAUGACCAGAUCACGUACCUCUCCAACAAAGGCAACAUCGUGGGCCCGGCCUUCAAGGAGCCCUUCAUCGGCCCGUUCCUGCAAUCCGUGAACCCCAAAUUCGAGGAAUAUUACGCCAAAUGGAUGAGCGGCCCGCUGAGCUGCGUCUCCGUCUUCCACAAAUUCGUCGUCAUCGCCUCCACCCGCGACAUGGCGCGCAAGGUCUUCAACUCACCCACGUACGUCAAACCCUGCGUCGUGGAUGUGGCACACAAACUGCUGGGACACGACAACUUCGUCUUCCUGGACGGCAAACCACACGUCGACUUCCGCAAGGGCCUGAACGGGCUGUUCACGCGCAAAGCCCUACAAUCGUACCUCCCGGGCCAAGAGACCGUCUACAACCAAUACUUCCGGCGGUUCCUGCAAGUCACCCAGGACGCCUCGGGGCAGCCGGUGCCCUUCAUGGCCGAGUUCCGCGAGAUCAUGUGCGCCGUGUCGCUGCGCACCUUCUGCGGGCACUACAUCUCCGACGAGGCCGUCAAGAAGAUCGCCGACGACUACUACCUCAUCACCGAGGCGCUCGAGCUGGUCAACUUCCCCCUCAUCCUCCCGUUCACCAAGACCUGGUACGGCAAGAAGGCCAGCGACCUCGUCCUGGCCGAGUUCGCCAACGCCUCCGCCAAAAGCAAAGCCAAUAUGGCUGCCGGCGCCGAACCAACCUGCAUCAUGGACGCGUGGAUCAAAAACAUCCUCGCGUCACAGGAAUGGGUCCGCGCGGAGGCGAACGGCCUGUCCACCGAACAUCUCGAGAAACCCUCCCCCCUGCUGCGCGAGUUCUCCGACUACGAAAUCGCCCAGACGGUCUUCGCCUUCCUCUUCGCUUCGCAGGACGCCACCAGCAGCGCAGCCACCUGGCUCUUCCAAACCAUGGCCCAGCGCCCGGACGUCCUGGACCGCGUGCGUGAGGAGAACUAUCGCACUCGGAACGGCGACAUCCACGCCGCCGUCGAUCUCGAUCAGCUCGAAUCCAUGACUUACACCCGCGCAGUCGUCAAGGAACUCCUCCGCUACCGGCCCCCCGUCCUCAUGGCCCCGUAUAUGGCGAAGCGUCCGUUCCCGAUCACGGACUCGUACACCGUCCCCAAGGGCGCAAUGAUAAUCCCAACAACCUACCUCUCCCUCCGCGACCCGACCGUGUACCCGGACCCCGACACCUUCGACCCGGAGCGCUACUACACCGGCGACGCCGAGACCGCAGGCGCCAAGAACUUCCUGGUCUUUGGCACCGGCCCGCACGUGUGCAUCGGGCAGCACUACGCCAUGAUGAAUCUCGUGCUGUUCAUCGGGAAGGCCUCGCUGCUCUUGGAUUGGACGCAUCAUGCCACGCCGUUGUCGGAGGAGAUUAAGGUCUUUGCGACGAUCUUUCCGAAGGUAUGUUUUCUCUUUCCUCUUUGCGUUUCUUUGCGGGGGUUGGGUGGGGGUUGAGGGCUGGGUGAUUGCUGAUUGCUGAUUGCUGAUUGCUGAUUGCUGAUUGCUGAUUGCUGAUUGCUGAUUGCUGAUGGAUGGGUUAGGAUGAUUGUCCGUUGACAUUUAAGGAGAGGGAGUGGUAGUGGUAGUGGUCGUGGUGAAGUUGGU